ACUGUCACAGGCCCUGACACUGCUCCUCUUUUCCCCUUUGUCUCUGCCGGAGAGACAGGGGAGACAGGGUUUCUGGCUCCACCAUUUUGGAAGUUGGACUACGGGCGACUAAGUGGACGUCCCUCUUAAGGAACAGCGUUCGUCUGACAGCCUGCUGCGCCGUCACUUCCUUUCACUUUUACUCGUGACCUUGCCGGCGGUACGGCUGUGUGCACUGCGAAAUCAACCGUAUACUCCUCUGACUUGCCGGGGUGUGGACCAUGCGCUCCCUGUGGUUGUUCCUGUUCCCUUGCCUGAGCUUCCUGCCGCUGAGCCCUGCUGAGAAAGGCCUGGAGUUCCCCCAGUACGACGGAAAGGACCGCGUUGUGGACAUCAAUGACAAGAACUACAAGAAGGUCCUGAAGAAGCACAGCAUGCUGUGCCUUCUUUACCACGAGCCCAUACCAGAGGGCAAGGAGCUGCAAAAAAAACACCAGAUGACCGAGCUGGUGCUGGAGCUGGCGGCCCAGGUCAUGGAGGAAAAAGGCAUCGGAUUCGGAAUGGUGGACUCCAACAGAGAUGCCAAGGUGGCCAGGAAACUGGGCCUGGAGGAGGAAGGCAGCGUGUACGUAUUCAAGGCUGAUCGAGUGAUCGAGUUUGAUGGCCUGCUCGCUGCCGGCACCCUGGUGGAGUUCUUGCUGGAUCUGUUGGAGGAGCCGGUGGAGAUGAUAGGAAACCCGCUGGAGCUCAGAGCCUUUGAUAGGAUGGAUGAGGACAUCCGCCUUGUUGGCUACUUCAAGAGCGAAGACUCUGAGCACUUUCAUGCGUUUCAGGAGGCAGCUGAACAUUUUCAGCCCUACAUUAAAUUCUUUGCCACGUUUGAAAAAUCGGUGGCCAAAGAGCUCACGCUGAAGAUGAACGAGGUGGACUUCUACGAGCCCUUCAUGGAGGAGCCUGUCACCAUCCCAGGCAAGCCGCUCUCUGAGGAGAAACUGGUGGAAUUUAUAAACAAGCACAGACGACCAACGCUGAGGAAGCUUCGUGCAGAGGACAUGUUUGAAACGUGGGAGGAUGAUAUCGAAGGGAUCCACAUUGUGGCUUUUGCAGAAGAGGAGGACCCGGACGGUUUUGAGUUCUUGGAGAUCCUAAAGGAGGUGGCCAGAGACAACACCCAUCUUCCAGACCUCAGCAUCGUCUGGAUUGACCCGGAUGAUUUCCCCCUGUUGAUCCCAUACUGGGAGAAGACCUUCAAGGUGGACUUGUUCAGACCCCAGAUUGGAGUUGUCAAUGUGACAGAUGCUGACAGUGUGUGGAUGGAGAUGGAUGAUGAGGAGGACCUGCCCACUGCCCAGGAGCUGGAGGACUGGAUAGAAGAUGUCCUCUCUGGCAAAGUCAACACAGAAGAUGAUGAUGAUGAUGACGACGACGACGAUGAUGAUGACGACGACGACGACGACGACGACGAUAAUGAGGAUGACGAUGACGAUGAUGAAGAGGAAGAUGAUGACGAAGAUGGUGAUGAUGACGACGACGAUGACUAAUUCAUCGACUGUGAAUUGACCGUUUGCAAAAUAAAGCUUGGCAGUGAUACUCCAAUGAGCAUUUAACAGUCGUCCGCCUCCUCCGACAUACGACGCUGCUGCGAUACCCGGAAAAGACCGACACUUUUGAUGCAACAAUUGAUCGAUAAUACUAGAUUAGUAAAAAUACAUAGCUAUGAUAAAGGAACAGGUGUUGUUGGGGAAACUGUAAAACAGAUUCUUGCCGUCCUGAGUGACUGGAGGGCAGUGUGUUGUUCUGUCCCUCCCCACACCCAAAUCUGACCUUCGAAAGUGUCUCCUAUGGAUUAAGCUUUGUGGAAGACCACACUUCCAGUUAACGAGGAGCCCAUCAACAGGCACGCUUGCAUCUGCUAAAAGGUAAGUUGGCCGCAGUCAGCUUAGCUUGUUUACCAUGCUGAUUUGACACCCACGUUAUAGUAGCAGAGCUCACUUUGGAAGUCUGUCGGACACAAAGGCAGGCAGGACUUGGACACAUUUUGCAAACGGUCAAUCGUGAAUCUGCGUCACCAAUAAAUCUCUUCGCUCUUUGAGUUCAGGCUGAAGAAACCGGAUCUGGACUUGUGCACAUCUUUGAAUGAACUCAAGUCAACCUGCUGUGUCACCCGCACCAUAGCGAACCCAUGUAACUCUUGACUGUAAAUGACUGUACAGUAAGACAAGGACUGCGGUAAGAAUGAGAGGAAAGGUAUACACCAUGUAGUCAUCUGAAGUUAUAUUUAUAUUAUUGAACUAAUUUCCGUUUUUAUUUUACCUAACACACAAUGAGGGCCUGAGUGACGAUGGCGAGAGAGAACUUGCCCCAACAGCGAGUGGCACUUUGUAUACCGAACUUCAGCUGGUGCACUUGUUAACGUGUUGACCUGAAAAGUGAAUCUGUUCAACCACAUCGGCUGGUUUUGGUGGCCAGUUGCGUUACAAAUAAAGCAAACC